AUGCUUGUCGGGCUUUCCCCCUUACCUGCAGCGGCCGUCUCUGUUCGAAGUGAGAGAGAAGUCCUUGGGGCUACGCCCCUCACUGUCAGCCCAGUGAACCCAGCCAGAGUGGAGCUCCGGACUAGCCAGCCGGAGGAGCAUGAGAAGAUUCGGGAAAUUUUUGUUCUUACUCCUGACGCUGAUUCAGACAGGUUCCACCUGCCCAGAAGAACUCUGUGUUCAAGCUCCAAAAAUGCCUGGGUCCAGAACCUAAAGACUUGCUUUGACAACCAUGAAUGUGGAAUCGCCAGGACAUACCAAUCUGCAAAGCAGGGCACCCACAAUGAUUACCCCACCACCAGGAUCCAGGGCCCUAAGCCGACAGUCCUGGACCAUUCACCUCCAUUUACCACCACCAAUCCACUCUCCCAGAACAACCAAUCAACAAGUACCCAGCCCAGAAGAAUGAGGAAUACCUAUCUCAAUAACACCACCAGUGCCCCUGCGGAGAACAGCAGCAUAGUAAACCUGAAGUGGGAAGCCGAGAAGGGACAAGUGAACCAGCUGGGCAACUCUGCCACCAUAUCUGUUCUGUGCCUCCUUGGGGUUGUCUUUGUCCUUACUGGAGUUGUUGCUUAUUUCUUGUGUCGGAAGCGAGUAGCUGUAGAAUCUCCAAAGCAGCACUCCAAAGGUUGUGAGCUGAUAAUCCCGUGUGAGACAAAUCCAACUGACUCUUUGAUAUGAAGAACGCUUCAGCCAUCUGGAAACAGCUAGGCUUUUCUCCCAAGGCAACUAUUCUACACUGAUAUUUGCUUCUCCCAUUGAAUCUAGAGAUUUGGUACUGGUUUCACUAAAUAUGACUGUUUUCAGA